UGUAAGGUCAGCUUCUCUCCGCCGCCGACGCUCCGGACAAAAUUCUAGUAUUUGCUCUCUCUCAACUCAAUCCGUUCCAAGCUCUCAGGUCUCUUUCUUUUCAGUCUUGCGUUGAAUUCAAGUUCUUGCAAAUUAUUGCAGUCAUGCAGUACUAUAAAUGCAGCACUCCUGUCCAAACAAAUACAUACAGCAACAGCAAAACCCUUGAUCUUGAUUCGCGCAGGAACAGCUACAAAUUAAUUAGUACUUAAUCAUGGAGUACUCGUAUUCAUACACUUGUUAUUCAUCAGCUUCUUCUUCAUCCAAUUCUUCAACUGAUCCUGAAUUUCCUUCUCGAUAUCAGCGCGAUGUAGAUAGCCGGAAACCGCCGCGGUCUCUGCGCUCCGCCCGUAGGUAUCCGGCGAAAAACACGGUAAUUACGAAGCAGCCAAUUGCACCUCUGCCCCCAACCCGGCCAAAAAUCUACAAGGUGGAUUCGGUCGACUUCAAGGCUGUUGUUCAGAAGCUUACUGGUGCGCUGGAGUUCCAGAGGUCAACGCGGCUGCAGGAGGUGGCGCCGCCCCCUCUCAGCCUCUCUCCGUCAACAAUCUUUGAUCAUGCUUCAGUCGAGAAGCCUAAUUAUUUGGCAUCGGGGAAUUUCGGUGCUGCAGAUGAAGAAGAAAUACGCCGGAAAUCAUUUGACAAUAGUUCUGGGAUUACACUUAGCCCAGUCGGGUUUAUAAGCUUGUCACCUUCAUCGCUUGCAUGGUGUUCUUCCGUUCUUCUGAGUCCAGGAACACUUGCCUCAUUUCACCCAAGUGCACUUCUUUAGGCUGCACAUUGUUUGGCAUCUUGUCGCAUCAUACCUCCUAUGAAAUUAAUGUAUUUUGUGAUAAAAUAACUAAUUUAUUCAAUUUUUUAAAAUUUAUAUUAAUUUAAUUAUUAUUAUUUUUUCUUUUUGUUAUUACCCCUGAUAAGUGGGGAUUUGGCACAAGGAAUCGAGCUGA